UCCACUUAAUUGUAUUUUUUUUAUCUUCAGUAUCAAUUUCUUUAUUAUCUGCAUCAAUUUCUUUAUCAUACUUUACUGCUUGAAACAAUUCAUGUAUGGCACCCAUAUAUGGAUUAAACAAAUGAAGAUUCAAGUGUUCAUACGUUUUCUUGUCAAUUUUCUUAGAAUCAUCACAUUCAUUAUGAAUUAUUUUAUCAUUUUCAUCAAGGUUUUCAGUAAUUGGUACAUUAGAAUUUUCAUUACUUAGUAGUAAUUCAUCAAAAUUUUCCUCCACUUUCUCCUCAAAUUUAAACUUCCAAACAUGUCCGUCUAGAAUUCCAAAUGCAUAUUGUGUUGCUAAACAUUCUUUAAUUUGAAUAUUAUUUGGUAAUUGAUUAUCCUCUUUAUCCUUUUUUAAACGGCUCAAGCAUUUUUUCCAACAAGAUUUCAUGACGGAAUCCCAAAUUCCAUUACUUGUUGUGUAAUCGAAUAAAGAAGAAAAAGAAGGUAAUAAGGAACAUAAACCAGAAUCCAUGAAAUUAUAUAGUUGAAUAUC